UGAACUCGCUUGAGCAGAAAGGAUUUUGUCAAUCAAAUCUCUGAAAUCUGCGCAACAAUUUCCCUGCUUCGUGAUCGCCUUGCUGUACCGUACGCGCAAUUCCGAUUGAAAUCGUUUCCACAGUUUCGAGUUGAGUCUUCUGCAAGUUCCGGAGUCGAUAUGCGUGAAGAGUGAGUUUCUGUAGAGUUCGAGCUUGCGCGGUUGUGUUUGGGUGCGCUGUUCGUGAAUUUGGGGUCAAUCUGAGCUUUGGGUUUGUGUCCAAGGGCAUUCUGUUAGUUCGGGUGCAUCGGAAACUACAUAGUGCCGUUUUGGCUCAGUUAGGAUCACUUUCGUGUUGUUGUCGUGGUUUAAGCACACUUUCUGCGAGAAAGCAAAGAACGGUCGCAGGGUUUUCAUCCUGUUCGUGAAAAUGAGUAGCAUGGAGGAACAGGUUCUAGCAGAGCAAGAAGCUUUGCUCGCCGAAUGCAAGUUGUAUAAAGGGGAGAAAGAGCCAGAGACAAAAGAGGUAAAAACGGAGGAUGAAGCUGCAGUUGUCGAUGGUUUGCCUGUUGCUUCAACUGUUCUUGGUGCUCCAGUUUCUCGCUCUGAUUGGUCAACAGGUCUUCUUUGUUGCUUUGGAAAUGGUGGCGAGCACUUCACCAGCGAUCUUCAAGUUUGUGUUCUCGGGACAUUUGCACCUUGUGUGCUGUACGGUAGCAACAUGGAGCGUCUGUAUCCCGGUGAAGAGGGCGCCUUUUUGUACCACUGCAUGAUGUACACUUGCCUUUCCCUUGGUGGAUCUCUUUUGGUGGACGUAAACCUUGCUCCAUUUAUGUCAGUCGGAUCACGCAUGGAUCUUCGCCGGAAGUAUAACUUGCCGAGUGCUGGAGGUUGCUGUUUCGGUGGUACAUGUGAUCAAGAAAGCGGAGUUGGAUGUGCCACAGUCUGUGAUGUUUUGACCCAUUUCUUGUGUCACAAUUGUGCCUUAUGUCAGGAGGGUCGGGAAUUGCGUCGGCGUACCCUCUCGCCGUCUUACCAGCCAUACAUGCCCAUGGCUCCCCCUGUAGUGCAGAGUAUGACUCCUCAAAUGUAAAGUAGGCAGCUAAGCGAAAGUUGAGACAUGCCUGAUUCUAUUACUCACUGAACAAUUACCCCGUAUGGAAUAUUGUAACCUUAGCUUAAGCAAAUAAAUAUCCAUGUCGAUAAACUUCAAUUUAACUGCAAUGUAUAGCAAGUUCUUCAGAA